AUGCAUACUACUCCAGCUAGUUGGAUGCCACAUGCUAACCCUUAUCAUUCUUUUUGUUGUGAUGCAUCUUUUAAAACUGUGAAUUCUAUAAGUUAUGCUGGAUGGGGACUAAUCCAUCGUGAUUUUGCAGGUACCUUCAUCCACGCAAGAUGUGAACAUGCCAAUGGAGUCGUGAGUGCCGAAGAGGCAGAAUGCAGAGGAUUAAUACAUGCAUUAAAAGUAGCAGAAGAGUUAGGAGUACAAUUUACCUAUUUCGAGAUGCAUGCACAGCUAGUUGUCAAGGCAGUUAAUGAGAAUAUCCAUUCAGCAGCUUGGGAGAAUCAUUCAAUCAUAUCAGAUAUCAAGCACAAGCUAGCAGCACACCCAUAUUGGUUUUGUAAAUAUAUAAGUAGGAAGUUUAAUUUACCAGCUGAUAAGUUGGCUAAACAUGCAAGAAUUCAUUCAGUUUCUAAAGUUUGGUUUGAUUAUCCUCCAAGUUUUACUGCAUGUGCAAUAUUGGAGGAUAUGAACAAUGUAGUUAUUUCUAAUUCCAGUUAA